ACCGGCGUUGUGUCAUGGAUCUGUUGCAGGUAAUCUCGGCCCCUGGCCCUCAGCAGAGCAACACAAACCGCCACAUGGCGCGCAUAGUAGCUGCGCGCCAGAAAGAAAUGAGCAUUGUCUCGUUAGUACGAUCUGUACCAAGGUUCGUGCGAUCCAAACGUAAUUAGGGAAAGCCAAAGAUUCUUGAAGUUGCAUUGCGCAUAUAAAUCAGAGACAUUCCCUGCUCGACUUCCUCUCCAUUCAGUUGUUCAUCUCAGACAUCCCAGAAAGAACAAAACUACUCGAAAUGGGUUCACACAUGCUUGAACUACCUCCUCUGGUGCCAGAGCAGCUGGCAUGGCAUGCAUCAGAAACAGAUCCCACCAUCUGGCAACGUCAGGCCAUUGGAGCAGAGUGCGUCGUUGGAAUGGAAAUACCCAACAAGAUGGGAGCGAAUGACCUUUACCUUCUGUCUCGAUUUCAACUACACCACCCCGAGGUGACGCUCAAGUCGUUGAAGGAGAAGCUGCAGGCCUCCUUGCUCAGACUUCGUUUCGAGCAUCCCGAAAUUGCAGCUACAGUGACCUGGAAAGAUGGAAAUACCUGGAUCCAGUAUCGAUCUCCCAAAGAUGCAGCAGAUGCGCAGAAGUGGGCUGAGCAACGUAUCCGUGUGGAAGCUAGCAGCCGUACUGCGCUCGACAUUAGAACGGCUCUGGAGGAACAACGGGAGGUUGGAAGUGGACCAGCAGAAGCAGUUACAAUCUAUGCGGCAGCUCCUGUCGCUGAUGAAACCACGAGUCUGGGAGAUACGGCCAUCGAGUUGGUUCUUUACGCCAACCACGUGUUUCUCGAUGGCAUCAGCGUCCGAGUUCUCCUGGGUGAUAUCUUCCGUACUCUAGCAUCCGAGCUCUCGACUACGGAGCCAGGUAAACUCCCAUGGGGAGAAGAGAGGAACAAUUUGGACGCCCCUCUUCUUUCCCUGCUGGAUCCCAGUCAGGAGAUCGCAGGCCCUAAAUUCGAGGCUACCCGCAUGGGGCUUAUGGGAAAUAUCCCCCGUAUGAGCGGAUCCUGGGGUCUGAAAACACGGUCUGAAAAUGUCGGACUGCCCCGAUCUAUAUUCCACGCAUUCACAGUCGAAGAGAGCGCGAAACUGCUCCGUGCUGUCAAAGAGCGUCUCGGGCCUAAAUACACAGUUACCCAUCUCGGCCACGCUGCCGUGUUUCUUGCUCUAUUGAAGACCAAUCCACCCCCGGCUGAUGCCCCUGAGACAUUCUGUGCAACGGCUAUGCCCGUGAACAGCCGCCGUUUCCUGCGGGAGGACUAUGCCAAAGCCACAAAGACAUACUAUCCCGUAUGCCAGUCCUCAGCAUUGCUACUAUUCGAGGACAUCCAGUCCUAUGCACCUCGUGACUGCGACAAGGAACAGCUGCGGGAGAAAAUCAGCCGUGCCGCGAAACAUACCAAGGAGAGCUAUGAUUUCUGGAUGAACCAGCCGUCUUUGCUUCCUGCCUCAAUAUCGUUCAUGUCUCUCAUCUCCACGGCUCUGGCUAAUAACCAACAAGUUCCCGCAUCAACUCCCAUGUUCACCAGCGACGGUAUCAACGAACGCUUCAUCCCCCGCGAAGUUCCAAACCCAAUUACUCAAGAGAAAGCAAUCACCGUGCAGAAUGUCCGAUUCUUGCUUAAUCAAUACAUGCCAUUCAUGUCCCUCCGUCUCGACAGUUUUCGCGACCGGUGCGAAGUCUCCCUCAGCUAUAAUGAGACUACAUAUAGCAACGAAGAUGCGGGGUCAUUCCUCUCAGAAACGGUAAACCUGAUGCUGGCGUUUGCGGAGUAAAAAAGAAGAGAAUAAAAGGAAAAAAAAAAAAAAAAGAAAAUUCGGAAAGAUACCCACUUAAUUAGCUACUUGUUCGCAUUUGUGGCUCUUAUGCAUACGGACUUUUCUUCGGAAAUGGAAUGGUCAAAUCUGAGUUUUUCCUGUGUGUAUUCAAUUUCUGAAAAUUGCAAUGGUAGGGUUAUAUCGAAUGCCAUGGACAUGUGAUCAUGAUCAAGAUACCCGGUCCUUAUCCGUGAGAAAUAAAAUCAAGUAUCCAUGGUAGGUAAAUGAUGGCAUCUAUAAAGCUCUAUCUGGCAG